CACAGCAAUGGAGUCGUGGAUCCUGCUCGGGCUGUCGUCGCUGCUGGUAUGCCUUUGCGAAGUUCACCGCUGUCAAGCCUACGUUCCACCUAAUAUGGGCGACACCCAAGCAUUCGCCUACUACGACCACGACGAGAUGACUGCAUUCCUGAAGAGUACCAGCGAACGCUAUCCAGAUUUCACCAAGCUCUACACAAUCGGAAAGUCUGUCGAAGGACGUGACUUGUGGGUUCUGCUGGUGACCAGGGACCCGGAUAAUGAAAUACUUCUCAAGCCCAACGUCAAAUACGUUGCCAAUAUGCACGGCGAUGAGACCGUCGGCCGCCAGCUGAUGGUAUACUUGAUCUCGCACCUGCUGACUCAAUACAAUGUGGACCCGCACGUACGCCACCUGGUGGACAAUACGCGUAUCCACAUCAUGCCCAGCAUGAACCCCGAUGGCUACGCUGCCGCCAAGGAAGGCUACUGCUACGGCUCCACGGGAAGGGAGAACGCUCGUGGCGUGGACCUGAACCGCAACUUUCCGAACCGGUUCAACACUGUCAAACAGGAGGAGCAGCCUGAAACCGCGGCAGUGCGAGCGUGGUCGCACGAGAUCCCCUUUGUGCUCGCUGCCAAUCUGCACGGUGGCGUCUUAGUGGCCAGCUACCCCUACGACCACGCUCGCUUCCAUGCGGAAGGUUUCGUGAUGGAACGCCAGGACUCGCUGACGUACGACGACGACGUUUUCCGGCACCUCGCAAGCGUCUACUCGUUCAACCAUGCCCGCAUGCACCUGGGCGAGCCUUGCUCCAUCAAUGACUUGGGGUUCGAGAAUGGUACAACUAACGGCGCCGCCAUGUACGCCUUCCAAGGAAGCAUGGCUGACUACAACUACAUCCACGAAGGCUGUCUGGAUGUGACGCUGGAGCUUUCAUGCUGCAAGUUCCCGAACAGCAGCGAGUUGCCGCGCAUGUGGGAGGAGAACAAGAUGCCCCUUAUCGCUUACUUAGGCGAAGUUCAUAAAGGCGUACGUGGCAUCGUAAUGGAUGAAGAAGGCCGUCCCGUCGCCAGAGCAACUGUGCGCACGACGGGACUCAGAAGUACAUUCAUGACAUCGCCCAGAGGCGAAUACUGGAAGAUACUCAGACCCGGCAGCUACACACUAACGGUCACUGUGCCUGGGUUUCGAAAAUUCAGACACUACAUCCGUGUUCCUGAGGACGGGAUGAUCAUCGUGAAUGUGACGCUCAAGGCACUGCCCAAGGAACACGCAAUUUGAAGGAAAGCUUGGAGAGAGAAAAGGCAACAUCAAAACUGUUAAAUAAAAAAAAGAUUGUUCAGUAGGAAACAAGUUUGCGGGAACAAGGUUUCCAGAAUGGUCAACUUCAGAACGAGGUCGAUUCGUUAGCACCGCUCAAAGGAACAGUAUCGUACACAAUUUGAGAAAGGUGGCAGUGUUACUUCUAAAAUAGCUUGUUUUGCGUCACUCUUACCUAAAGAAAUUAUAAUGCCGUUUCCCUCGUAAAGCGCAGUGGCCGCAUGUCUAUGAGGGCGAAAUGCAAAAAAAAAAACACUUGAUCGUACACCUGCCUUGGGCCUACCUAAAAGAAAAAUCCUACCUAGUCAGCUUUAUUCCAGGGCCCACCAGUACGUCGU